ACGCUGUCUUCGCACAGUGGCAUAAGCCAGCAGCAGCGCGUGCGGUGGCCUUGUGUAGGAAUACCUGCAAAUCAAAGCACGGCGUGCUCCCACGCGUGUCGUUGCAGCAGCUCGCAGCGCACGGGUACGCGGCGCGACAGACGUCAUGGCGUGUCGCAGUGGGCGGAAGCUGUAGGAAGCUCGACCCUGACCCAAAUUCCAACAAAACGCGCCAUGGCGAGCUACCCGUAGUCCUUGCCCGCACCUCUUCCCCUCCGUAUACCGUCGCACUCAGUCGCUCGCCAUGUCGCUGAAUCCAGAGCCUUCGCAGCCUGCGGAGCGAGCUGAGCACAACCUCGAGCCCAAGUCGUACGCCGCUGCCGCCGAAGAGGCCCUGCAAGACGAGCCUGCGCCCGAGCGCGAGCCACAAUCACAUGAAAGCCAGACCGAUGGCACAGUCGCCGAUGCGAACGAAGCUCUGACGAAGAAGGUCGACGAGCACCACAGCGAGAACCACACCAACGGAACCAAGAUCAUCCGCAUCGUGCCGGCAGAAGAAUACGAGGGCGAGGGCCAGGAUAACAGCCCCAAGAGCCCAACACGGAACUCUCAUCGCCGCAAGUCAUCGCUCAAGUCCAAUGGCUUCCUCGGCCACAAGCACGGCGAGCAGCUGCAGCACGAGCUGUUCGCCAAGCACAAGGACGGCAACGGAGAUACCUUGACCAGCGUCAAGCCCACCGCCGACUACGAAUCAGAGACGCGGAAGGACAAGAAGCCGAAGCAGCGCAGGAACUCCGAGCUCAAGUCCGGGAGACAGGCCGGCGAAGGAUGGUCUAAGAGCAAAAUCCGAUUUGCGCCGCUCCACGUUCCGCUGCAACGCCGCCUGCAGACAGUGGCCGUCUUGCUCCAUACUCUCAGCGUCGCUGGCCUCGUCGGCAUCUUCUUCUUCCUGUGCGCAAUCCCCAUCCUGUGGCCCAUCCUGCUGCCUUAUCUUCUUUAUGUCCUCUUCUCAAAGGCCGGCGAGUCUGGCGAGCUUUCCUUCCGUAGCGAGCGCUGGCGCAGAAGCAAGCUGUGGUCCCUUUUCGCAUCGUACUUUCCCGCCCGUCUCCAUCGCUCCCAGGAGCUCGAGCCCACACGUAAAUACGUCUUCGGAUACCAUCCCCACGGCAUCAUCUCACAUGGCGCCUUCGCAGCCUUCGCGACCGAAGCCCUGGGUUUCUCUCAGCUCUUCCCGGGCAUCACAAACACCCUCUUGACCUUGGACGGCAACUUCAAGCUACCCCUCUACCGCGAAUACGCGCUCCGCAUGGGCCUAGCCUCCGUCUCUCGCGAGUCGUGCGAGAACAUCCUCUCCAAAGGCGGGCCCAACAACGAAGGCAUGGGCCGCGCCAUCACCAUCGUCGUCGGCGGCGCCCGCGAAUCCCUCGAAUCCAAGCCCGGCAGUCUCCGCCUCGUCGUGCGCCGUCGCAAGGGCUUCGUCAAGCUCGCCAUCCGCAAAGGCGCCGACCUCGUCCCCGUCAUCGGCUUCGGCGAAAAUGAAAUCUACGAGCAGCUCGACCCGCACGCGCACCCAUGGAUCAACCGUUUCCAGCUCCUCGUCAAGAAGGUCAUGGGCUGGACGAUCCCGCUGUUCCAUGCGCGGGGAAUCUUCAACUACGAUGUUGGUAUGAUGCCGUAUAGGAGGCCGAUGAAUAUUGUUGUUGGCAGGCCGAUCAGGGUGGUCAUGCAGCAGCAGCCCGAUAAGGAAUAUGUGGAGAAGGUGCAUGCGGAGUAUGAGACGGAGUUGUUGCGGAUAUGGAACGAUCACAAGGAUCAGUUCGCGAAGGAGAGGCUUGAGGAGCUGAGGAUUAUUGAGUAGGGGGACAAGGGAGGCUCGCUGAUUGCGCCAGGUUAGGGAAUAAGUGAAUAGACUGUCAUGGUAUGUGUAUUCCUAGGAUUCUCUUCUGUUGCGGGUUGGAUGUGUGCUGUGCUGCGCGCUUAUGAGGUACACGGCGAAUGGGAGAGAUCGGCAGACUGAAUUAUGGAGAUAUGACUUUUAUGCACGUGCUUGCUUUUUUGAAUCGUGAACUUGUUGGAUGUACUUUGCAAGUUUGGUUGUCCAAAGCUGACAGAACUUUGGCUGAUUAGGGCAAAGGCGAGUUAUGUGCGUCUUGAACACUGAGAAAUAUUCACAUCGGGCCGCGGCAC